UCGCGUCUGCACAAGCCUUUUAACAAACAGAGAGAGAGAGAGAGAAAGCGAGAGAAAAUUGAAAUAAAGGGGCAAAAAAAAAUCUCAUAAGCCAGCUUCCCUUUCCCAGCCCAGGGGUUUUGAGCAAGGAGGAGAGAGAACCAGGAGCUGUCAUCACACCCACCCGGACAACAGUUACAUGCAGCAGCCAAGGGCGAGCAGAGUUGGAGAGUUGGAGUUCUACAGGAUCCCAGUGUGGGCUGGAUGGAUGGGAAUGGGGAGGAGAGGCGACCCAUUAGAUCAUCAAGCCCUUCGAAUCCUGAUCAUCGUCCUGUGCCUCCCAGCAGUCAGCUGCCAGUGCAGGAUUCUGAAGUGUAAUUCCGAGUACCUAACCGCCACCUCUGGACUACACGUGGGUGCUGAAGAAUCGUUGGAGUUUUGCAUCGCACUCCGAGCCUAUUCCCAGUGCACCCGAAAGACAGCGCGUGCCUGCCGAGGGGAUCUGGCUUAUCACUCUGCAGUUCACGGCAUCGAGGAUCUCAUGAGCCAACACAACUGCUCCAAGGUGGGGCCCACGCACGCCCCCCCACGCACACAGCCAACCUCCCUUGACUGCAUGGUGCACUCGGAUGCUCCCGAGGUCUGUAACUAUGAGAAGAGUCUGCAGCAGCACACGCCGCCCCCUAACUACACGCACUGUGGCCUGUUCGGGGACCCGCACCUCCGGACGUUCACCGACGACUUCCAAACGUGCAAGGUCCGCGGGGCCUGGCCGCUCAUCGACAACAACUACCUGUUCGUCCAAGUCACCAAUGUCGCUGUCGUCCAAGGGUCAAGCGCUACUGCCACGAGUAAGCUUACGGUCAUCUUCAAGAACUUCCAGGAGUGUGUUGAUCAGAAAGUCUACCAAGCGGAGACAGAUGACCUCCCAGCCGCCUUUGUUGAUGGUUCAAGAAAUGGCGGCGAGAAGCACGGAGCCAACAGCCUGAGGGUGACAGAGAAAGUUGCCGGGCAGCACAUUGAGAUCCAGGCCAAGUACAUCGGGACCACCAUCGUGGUGCGGCAGGUGGGCCGCUACUUAACCUUUGCAGUGCGGAUGCCAGAGGAGGUCAUGAACUCCUUUGAGGACAACCAGGGACUCCAGCUGUGCUUGAAGGGCUGCCCUACCAACGAGCGAAUGGACUGGCGCCUCCCUCAGCUGGUUAAAGCAGGGAGCGGCCGCCCACCGUCACGGGCCAGAGCCCCCCACGAGGCCUUCACCCAUGAAGCCGCGACUGCCAAGUGCAGGGAGAAGCUGCCCGUGGAUGACCUAUACUUCCGGUCGUGCGUUUUUGACCUCCUGACCACAGGAGAUGUGAAUUUUACGCUCGCAGCCUAUUACGCCUUGGAAGAUGUCAAGAACUUGCACUCGAACAAAGACAAGUUUCAUAUUUAUCAGAGGACAGCUGAUCCCCCACCAGGGAACUCUGCCCCUGGGCAACCCAGCCUCAAGGCUCUUGCCAUCAAACACUUACUGCUUAUCUGCUGGCUGUGGUGCUACCUGACACAUCUAUAGCCACCUUUAUGUGACUUUUUCAAACAGUUGAUAUAGGUCUGUCCUGUUUUUUGGUUUGAUUCGCCGAUAACUACCUAUCUCGUACCUCGUUUGUGCUCAUUCAUAAAUUAUUUCUUUUUCUGAACCCCCCCCCCCCACCCCCCCACAUUUCUUCACUCACGCUGUCUGGUGUUAGACGGAUAUCUGUCGUCAAAGGUGACAUCCCAUUUAUGGUCAUGGUUACGUGUUUGUGAUGGUUUGUAGAGCAUUCAGAAAACUGUGCCAAGCUACCACCCGCAUGCAAUAUUGGUGUAAACCACAGGGGCCUGUGUGGCCAUUACUGAUUCCCUCUCUUCCCAACCCCGACAAGCCGGAAAUGAGAUCUGCAGGUCCUGACCCUUGUCGUGAUUUUGUCCUCCCCUUUUGUUUCAGGCUGAACAGAAAAGAAAACCCAGUGUGAGGCCACAGGUUCCCUUUUGCACUUUACUCAGUAACUGGCACAAGCUGUUAGCAUGAAUGGAAUCCCUGCUGCCUCCCACUGGCUAAUUCCUUACGAGGAAAGAAUGGGCAAAAGGUAGAUCCUUUCAUUCCCAGAAUACUAAACCCAGUAAAGGCUUUGGAGUUUCAGAUCACGCUGCAUCGAAUCCAUCUACUGUCAGAUUGUGUGCAUUGGCAGGGGGGGUUGCUCCUGCUACUGUUUGUUGCCUCUCCCCCAGCACCCACAGAUUUUCACUCCUUGUGGGAUUAUGGGCACCAAACCAGUGGCCAUUCUCUCUUGGUGAGCCUGGCGAAUGUUAACAGGCCAUUUUACAGACGGGGGCAUUACAGCCGCCUGAUCUCACAAUGGCUUCAGUCCCGUGUCCACACUACCACCGGCAGCGAGCUGGAGCCAUCCCUUCCCGAUCUGUUAUCCCCUCUCCAACCCAGGGGGUGCUGAGGCCAGACCCUUAGAUGAAAGCAGCCUUGGUGUGGGGCCUUGCCCAGUGGUUUCAUUCAGCACCGCUCAAAGACGAAUGGUGGGACCGGGCCUUUGGCGUCAUGUGUGUUCCCAUGUGCAAAGCAGGUGCGCUCAAAAAUUACAGGCAUACCAUACACUAGAGUGUUGUGGAACUGGGCAUCUGAUCCCCCUGGUUAACGACAGUGUUGUGCACUUUGAAUCUGCCUCCCAGCAUCUGACCUCUCGCAUGGCGUUUGAUGCCCCCAUUAUCUUGUGCCCACUGCAUUGCUUCCUGGCUUUCCCACCUGUUGCACUGGCGCCGAGUUUGCUGCGUUCGCACUUCAGGUGGACUUGGUUGGUCUCAUCCGUUUGCCGUUGCUCAGGAGCCCCGAACACAUACCCCCCGCCAGCGGUGGAAGCGCCUCACUGGCAGGCUCUGGCUGCCCAGAGUUAGAGGAAAGAUGGCAGGCUGGGCACAGCAGGGGCUGACCACAGUCGCUUAUUCUAAUCAACAGCCCGCCAGGAUCUGCCCCUCCCCAAGGCGGACGGUCUGAGAGAGGUGGGGGUUACCCCCUUGCACCGGAUCUGACAUAGAUUCAUCGACAGGAUUCACUGAAUGUGCCUGAGUUUGAAAUUGCCUCUGUUUCACUCCGAUUUCCAUUGCGGGGGUUUAUUUUAGCCCAUUCACCACCCCUCCUGUCCCUUUCCCCCAUCCACUGAACGCACCCUCGUUAGCAAGCUGCUCUUGAUUAUCCAAGGCCGUGCUGUCCCAGAAUCCGGCAGGAUUUCUGUUUGCCUCCAGAGUUAAGCGUUAAAGGGGUACACAUUGCACAUAACAGGCUAAGCAAGGAAGAGAAAUCUUGCACAGUAUUGAAGCGGCAUAGGUCAAAAUCUCCUCCCUCUGAGGCCCCCAUUGGUAGAUGCACUGCCCAGUGUGCUGAUGAGCUGGAGAGACCUAAGGUUCAAUUCUCAGGUCUGGGCCGAGGAAGCUGUUUCAGCAGCAGAGCUGUUAUGGAAUUCUCCUGAACGCCUCGGGUGAAGCGGAGGGAGAUCAAACCAAGGUUUCUGCUCCUCUUGCGUUCCUGGAGAGAAGGGUGGGUCUGUGUGCGCCCAGCAGCAGGGGGGGAUCCCAUCAGAUUGGGCUUGUGGGGCUGCUCUUGUGAACUUGUACAUGGAUUAGCUUUCCAAACCCACGUAGAUGUGACACUAGACGAGCUGAUCCUCAGAUGGCUAGGAAAUGAGUUUAAGAUAGGAACACAUUUUAUAGCAGUAUAUAAAAGUAGAUUCACAUUUUGCUUAAAAAAUCAGCUUUAUUAUUUAUACUGAGGAUUGUGCUCCUGGUUUCUGAAUGAUGCACAACACUUGGUCUUCAAGGAAACAAACAGACAAGAUGGAAUAAUUGAGAUAGAUCAAAAUGAACAUUUGGCAAUUCUGCAACAUUGAAGUAAACUUGUUUGAAAGGACUGCAGCAAGUUAACAUUAUACGAAAAGCACAAAUGUCUUUGGGUGGAAGGGAGCGGGUCAGUGGCUCCAGAGAGCAUUUUGGGAUUAAUUUCUGCAGGCACCCUUCUGUAUAACUCUUUAAUAUGAGUAUUGCAUACACUUGUAGAUUGUAGUUUUAAAAGUAUUUGAUAGAAAUGAAGGUAGAAAACAGCAAACUGUGCCUUUGACCCCCCCCCCCCCCCACUCCUUGGUUUAUAAGAUCCAUUGUAUGGCAAGAAAUAUUGCCAUGACGACACUGUUAACGGCGAUUGAUACAGCGCUUUGAGAAAUGUCCACUGGGCUUUGAUUCUCCCUCUGUCCCCCUCAUAAUGUGAAUUUGGGGGAAGAGGUUGAGAAGAUUCUCCUGAGGCUACCUGAAUAGCAUUGGAGGCAGAUCCAGCCUGAGGAAUCAAGUUAAGAAAUUGGAUCGUUAUAACAGGCCUUAGAGCCCAGGAUUCACCAUCAGGGUCCCUCCCAUCGUAAAAUUAAACUGCUGAAGAGUUUGUGGUCUGACUUUGCACAUUUUUAUUUAGGUUGACAUUGAGUGCUGACAUCCCUGCCCCUCCCCCAUCCCCUCAGUUGUUCCCCCACCCCCUUUCAUCUAUCUUUUGCUCGUCCUCUGUAGCUUUUAUAUCCUGGGUACUGGUUUCUCUGAAGGGCACUAACAGCUCCCUAGUGCUUUGCCAGAGCAGCUGCUCUUCAAAGGUGAGGUUAGACAUCAAGUGUAAACUGGUUGCCUUUAACCCAGUCCUACACCCACUUAUAAACCACGCUGCCCCCCACCCCCCCCCCAAAAACCCCCUCCAAUUGCACAGAUAGUUUGAGCAUAGAUCACUAGAUGGCGAUCAGGAGCUGGAACUGUGGCUGAUCCUGUUAUAUGUGCCUCCCUGACCCACGCUGAGACCGGAAAAAAAAAGGUCACUUUUAAUUGAAGGAAAGCGGGCUUUAACAGCGCCCGCUUUAUCAAAACGUAAAGUUAUAGGCCAAAUCAGAGAGAGAGAUAAACGUGAAACGCACAACAACAUUUGCAAGCUUAAAGCAGAACAGCCCAGAAAUCCACUGACAACAGUAAUUAAUCAGACACCAACUAAAAUGAUUUCCCCCCCGCUCCCCGCCCCCCAAUGGCCCGAUGGCACUUUAUCUGGAACGCAGUGUGUACUGGUGUGACCUCUUGGUGUGGAACUCACUGCAUGGCAUGGUGUUGCUACGACAGUGUAAAUACAGUGUUGUAUAUGGUUGGGUGUAAUUUAUCUUUGAUAUAAUAUAUGGAGACUCAUGGUGAACAUUUGUGACUGUACAUAUGGAGUAAUGUAAUAUUUCGUUAAAUAUUGAUGUCUGAAAUUUUAACCCCAGAAGAUAUGUUUACCUGUUAACGUGCUUUGGUUGUGUUAUGUUGGUGAAAAGAAAAGGAUUUGCGAAAGCGGGCCUUUAAGUUUUCUUUAGAAUUAAAGGGGGCCUUGUCAGCAUCGACCGUGAGGGAGAACAUCUUCACUAUGGUGACGCCUAUGUGCAACAGUCUUUAUCCCAGCACGGACUGCUCUGUUUUCAAGGCUGAACAUAGCCCCACGGGGAAGCAGCAUGAGAUCUCUUUGUCCCCCCACACCACCACCACCCCCCCGCCCCUUGCUUGUCCGUUUGCUGACGUCGCCCCUUUAAGAGAUUUAUAGGAAUGGCACUUUAUUUCAGUUGUGAUGUGAUGAUUUUUACAGUGACUGUGGUUCUGCUUUGUUUGAAUCGUUGAGACUGUAGUACAAGGGGCACCACAAUGCCCCAGGCAUGUGAUAAUUGGUGUUUCCAUGAAAAAAAAUACUUUUUGGGAAAGUGAAACGAACAACUCCACUCUUUCUUUCUGUAGAAAUUCAGCAGGACCAUCCUGCAUGUACAUACUGUAAAUUAUUUAUUAUUGAAAAACCACGAGUAAAAUUUUUGACUUAAGAAUUUCAACAA